CCGCGCACAAUUGCACACAAAAAAUCAAACUCCACUCGCUCUCUCUCUCUCUCUCUCUGGCAUUUCAUUUCCACUCUGCAAAAAAACCUAAUCCCCCCAAAUGGCAUCAAAUCCGGCAACUAUAGAAGAUCCCAGUCAAAACUCCAACACCGACGAGGAAACCAUCGCUCUCAGGAAGAAACGGUCGCGGCGCGUGAGCUUCGCUGACCGCGAGAUCACUUCCGUCCAUAUCUUCAACCGCGACGAUGAAUACGAGACCCCUCCUGACCCCCCUUCCACGAAAUCCCCCAUAUCCGACACAGACGAUGAAGUUCGUGCUUUUUUCGGUGACCUCGCCGAUAGCGAUGAUUCUAAAGAAAUAUCAUCUCCCACUGGUGCCGAUGAUGACGAUAACGAUUAUUCGAUCAAUUCCAGGAAGUCGUUUUUUCGGCCAGUCGAGUCGCCGUCUCCGGGGGGCAGCAGUAUCGUUGGCUCUGCUUCUUGUAACGAUGAGGACAACUUUUUUGGGCCUGUGUCAGCGAGUUUUAUUAGAGCUGGAAGAUUAUCUGAUUCUGGUGCAUCGGAUUGUAAUCUUGAUGUUACAAUGGAUUCGACUGCAUUUUCAAUGCAUUACCGAAGUCUUGUGAGGUCAGUGUCGGGAGAAGAGUUUAAGACUCCCACUGAGGUUCGUGUCGCUGCGGAAGAGAAAACACCUUCGAAUAUUACCACCCCUUCUGAUCCAGGGAGUUCCAUGGUGCUGACAAAAGAUAAGAAGGUAACUUCACAGAAUGUUUCUGGUUUUGUGCAAGGUAGUGGGGGUAGAGAUUCAAAUGAUAUGAGUCUUGUGGGAGAAAACUUGAAGAGUUAUGACUAUGGGAAACUUUCUCCUGGUUUGGAAGCACUUUUAUCAGAAGCUAUGAAGGAGCCGCAAGCGGCAUCUGGUUUCCUUUCUGAUUCUAGUAAUGUGAAAUUGUUGGAGAGGAGUGAGGUUUCUAUGUUUGAUGAGAAUGAGAGCAGUCGCAUGCAUAGAAAGGAUUGCGAAGAUAAAGAAGUUGGCAAGUUUGACAUGCUUGACAUAUCUACCAAGGGAGUAUCUGUGGCCAGCAUGGAAUUGGAUGAGGCAAAUGUCAUUUCUGUGAGCACCAAUGCUGGCCAGUGCAGCACACCUGAUAGAACUCAAGGUGUGGCAGUGGAUGCAUUCACUCAUCACCAAGUACAAAGCCCUAUUCAGCUGAGCAAAGUGCAAACUGCUGAUCAGCUGGGUGGAGUGCAAAUGCCUAAUCAACUGAGCAAAAUACAAACUCCCAAUCAGAUGAGCAAAUUACAAACUCCUAAUCAGAUGAUGCCUGUGAAUAAGGAUCACAGUAAAGAUGCAAUUGCAAUGGAUGUGGAGUUGCCUGCUGCUAGUAUCGGCAUCACAUCUAAUAUGGAUACUCAAGUUCUGAAGCUCGAUUCAUUAAAAAAACACGAAUCUGGACAACAUUCAGCUGACAUUCUUAAAGAUCAUUAUUUUGAGGAUAGAAGAAAUCAAUACAACACUGAUCAUAAUUCUGAUCAACAACACAGUUCCAUAUCUUCUUUGUCUGCUAAAAGAAGGCAGGAGAUAUUUUUGGAUGCUUCUAAUUCCUGUAGACAAUUAUCAUAUGCGACUCCUUCACCGAAACAACCAGAUUCCUUUUUAAGCAAGGCAAACUUAAAAAGCAGUGGGAUUCAGCCUUCUCCCCUUGUGUCUAGUUUGAAAGAUAGAAUUGAAAUAUCAAAACUCAGAUUAUCAAAGUUCAUUUCUUCUGCAACUUCUUUCAAUUCAGUGGUGGAAGAAAACAACAAAGCAGAUAAAACUAGCAAACAGGUGGAUUCCCCAGUUAUGAACUUAGAAAAACGUUUCUCUAGCAUUGACCCGAAGGAUAGAGAUCAUGAGAGGUUAAGGUUAAGGAACAUAGUUGGCUAUGGUACUGUGGCUCCAAGUGAUUUUGAUAAUUUGACUAACAGUGGAGGAACUGCAAGCCUUUCAGAAGAUGGGGAAUCUCUUAUGCACAUGUCUGCAUGUAUUCUUUCCAAGGAGAGGGAAGUCCAACCACAUAUUUUGGCCAAGAAAUCCGUGGACAGGACAUCAGUUAUCCCUGAAUCCGCCUCCUCAUCAGUGGAGAUCAAAGUGGAUUUCGCAAAUCUUCUGAAAACAACCAAUGCAUCUGAUAAUUUUGUUUCUCCUUCAUUGAAGGUUUUGGAUCAGGGUUUAUCAUCACCAAUACAACAUCUCUCUGGCAACAUGAAGCAGCAACUGACAUUUGAUGAACUUGUUAGCGUUGGCUCCAAUCAAGACAAGAAUUCAGUAGGUAAUGUUUCCAUCAGUGCCCAUGCCACUGCAGUAACUGACAAAUUGUUAUCAUGGUUUGCUGAAAGGAAACCACAAUCUGGUUCACUUCUUGAUAUUAAUUAUUCGGAAGACAGUUCUCAAGUGAAAUGGGUGGAUGACAGGCAGAGUUAUCUUCAGAAUAAGCAUGGUGCAUCUAAAUCUCCAAUGAACUUCCAAACUCCUUUGAGGGAGAGGGAUGCCUCAAAUAGUCAUCCAGUAAGGCCAGACAGGAAUAUCCUAAUUGUUGCUCCUGACCUGAGACGUUCUGAAGAGGAACUUCCCGGGGAAAGAAAUAAAUCUCCUCUGUACACUUCAGCUUCCGUCUACAGUCCUAAGAAUGUAAAUGGCCCGUCACUUAAGGUCAUAGAGCUCUCUCUCCCCCUCCCCCCCCCUCUCUCUCACACACACACACUGAGACACAAACACGCUCACGUGGGACUCCAUAAUUUACGGACCCAGUUUCCUGCACAGGAUAUUCAGAGUUCUUCUGGUCGAAAAAGAAGAAUUAGAGAAUCAGUUCUUGACGAUGCAGAACAUGCAGAAGAAAUUGGGAGGAUAAAAAGGAGCCCAGAAAAUAGGAAUCCGCAUUCUGAUAUGGAGUCUUAUGAAAGCAUCAAUGAUAGGGAGAUGGUUAUAGAUGACUCGACAGUGAAACAUUGGACUGAUAUUUCACUAAAAUUCUCGGGGGACACAAAACAGUUGCUCUCUCCAUCAAUUGAUAAGCUAAAUAUUAAAGUGAUUGGCGUGUUGCAAGAUAUUUUGGUUCACCUACAGAAGGUUAAGAAGUUUGAGAUGCUUUGUUCCCAAAUUCAGCCUCAGCCUCAAUCUCAGAAAACAUGCGAUCUGUCCAGUGAAGUUAAGAGUAAAAGAAUAGAUGAAACAAGAUCGGUGCUUUCCAAGUUAGUGUUUGAAAGGGCAAGACUACAAUUAAUGUCUGCCAAGCGUGAGAAACUGCUGAAAAGAGCACAGCAACUGAGCUCUGCAAUUCAGGAAUCCAAGAUUUUGAAGUCCAACAGUAUCUGGCAUCAUUCUGUGCCUGGUGAAGUUGAUGAUAAUCUUCAAAAUUCAUGCGCGGAUAAAAAUGGCAGAAAAAUAGAGGAUUCCAAUGAGAAAGUAAUCACAAUGAGGCAUGAAGCUGAAGCUUUAGAUAGGAAUAUAAAGAGUUUAACUAAAUCUUUCCAUAGUUACUGCAAAAUGAAAGGCGAGCGAAGCUGUGGCGAGACUAUUGCACUAGUUAAUGAUCAUCUGAAGAGGAGAACCUCUUGCAGGUUCAUACGCAAGGAUUUUCAGUUGUGGGAAGUUGAGGAUCUGAGGAGCAGGAACGGUCAACUAAAUUUUGUCCUCAACUACCAUGGCUUCAUCAGCCAAAGGUUCACAAUAAAUGCUGUUCCCACCCGUAGUAUAUCUAUUGCAAACCAAUUGAAUCACACAACCAUCAUGAAGAUCUUCCCUAAUAUGGAUGCUUGUGUAGCAUUUUCAUAUGCUCUAAAUUCUGAGACUACUAAGAAGUAUGCGGGCUCCAAAAUUCUGGCACAAGAAACACAAGUUACCAGUUCACUAUUGCGUAAUCUACUAGAUGUGACUGAGGAAGUACAGCAGGCACAAAUAGAAAUCAGAAAUCUGGUUAAGACAAGCUUUUCUUCUCCAUCUGUUGAAAAGCUUGAUUUGCUGCUUUGUUUCGUUGAUUUUAACACUGGUUGGAAGGUGGUAGUGACUCUUGACAUGACAUGUUUGAAUCGUGGAGUUUAUCCAUUAGCAGCCGCUCCAUAUGAGUUACAAGCUUCUACUAAUGGAACACACAAGUUGUUGCCCGAGUCACUCUCAGCUCAAGUAAAAGCUGCUGUUGAUAAUCUUAGAAUCGGCUUUUCAAGGAUUGUAAGGCUUUGCAAAUGCAUUUCCCAGGUGAUGCAAUCCUUAAGCACUUGAAUGCAGUGAAGGGUCCGUCUGUAUUCUGUACUUGCUUUCUGGGUGUUCUGGUCAGUUUGCUGAUUUUACUAUCAUAUCAUUUUGUACCUAUAAUCAUUAGUAGAGAUGUAUUGUUCACGAUUAUUUGGUGCAACAUGGAUGGAGUGAAACUUCAGAAUAUUUGCAUCACUAUCACGCCCAGGCAACUUCUGCUGGGACAAUAUAUAAUCUUUGGUUUAGCUUC